UUUACACAAUCAAAGUUUGAUAAAGACAAUUAGAAGAAAAGAUCACAGAGAGAAUCAGAAGAGAAAUGGAUUCGCCGCCGCCGCCGCCACCGCCACCACCUCCGAGGAGUUACCGCCUUAUUACCCUCAUACUGAAGCUCCUGACCAUCGUUUUUCUAUUGACAGCACUAGUUGUCCUCACCACCGAUACUGUAACCGAUGAACAUUACGACAACAGUACAGAUGGGAACGUCAACACAGUUGGGUACGUCAGUGUGCGUAUGCAUUUCAAGGACAUAAACAGUUACCGGUACUUACUUAGUACAUGUGUAAUCGGAAUGGCAUACACACUAUUACAAAUUGUAUUCUCAUUUUAUCAUAUCAGCACCGGAAAUAAUUUAAGCAGUCCGACUUUUGAUUUCUACGGUGACAAGGUUCUAUCUUAUACACUGGCAACUGGGGCUGCUGCAGGAUUUGCUGCUACCAGUGAUCUGCGGCCCGGAUCUGAGGGAGUUAUUUCUCACUUUUUCAAUAGGGGAUAUGCGGCCUCCGCCUUGGUCCUCCUUGGGUUCGUUUGCGCCGCAUUCUUAUCCAUUUUCUCCUCUCGUGCUCUUCCAAAGAAGGUCUAAGAUUCAUCACCUGCAGUCCAAGGCUUCAACAAUGUCAAUUAAGAAUUUUUUUACUUUGAUUAUAUAUGGGUCCAUUGCUUUCCUGUUUCAUUUCUUUGUAAAAUGAAAUACUUCAUUUCCCAUCGGAUUAAGAAGAACCAAUAAUCAUGGAACUCGAAAGUAUGAUUUUAUUAGGAUUUCCUAAUAGUUUGUAGGCAUACUCUUGAUUCUUGAAGUCGUAUUUGCUUCUUUCACACUUUCAGUUUCAGACAUUCCCAUGUCAAGUAUUCAAGACUGUAAUUUGGACACUCUUUAGGCCUAAUAUCAAUGGAAAUGAAUAUGAAUGUUAGUC